UUGAUCAGACACAUUUACAAAUCUGCUCUCUCGCUUCCAUCUCUGGCCACUCUCUCUUUCGCCACCACAGCACCAUCAAACAGGGGUCUGUAGACUCCUCCCGAGUAAGCCGACAGCUCGAGGAACAUCAAGGAACGUUGUGCGAUGGGGGAAAUGGCAAGAGCGUCUGUGGUUGGCUUCAAAGUUCCUCUGAGCCCCUCCAUUUGUCGGAACCCCUCCUCCAUUUCCCUACGUUUCUCAGACCUCAAACACCAAAAAUCCCACUUCCCCAAACUGAAACAAAACACCCCCCCAAAACCCAUCAAAUCCGCCAUCGAAAACGGCACGUCGAACCACCAAGCUGCACCAGUAUUGGACACUACUUCUACAACAAUCACCAUUAAAGGCAUCCUCAGCUUGCUGCUGCAGAAUGUCAAUGAAAACGACGGCAGACGGCUGAUUUCUUUGGGCAUGGGGGACCCGACUGCCUUCUCUUGCUUCCACACGACACAUGUAUCGCAGGAAGCCGUCGUCGAUGCCCUCCAAUCCGACAAGUUCAAUGGAUAUGCUCCCACUGUUGGUCUUCCUCAAACCAGAAGAGCAAUUUCUGAAUAUCUGUCCCGUGACCUUCCAUACAAGUUAACAUCUGAUGAUGUUUUCGUCACGUCUGGUUGCACGCAAGCUAUUGAUAUCGCGUUGGCUAUGCUUUCUCGCCCUGGUGCCAAUAUCUUGCUUCCAAAGCCAUGCUUCCCUAUCUAUGAACUUUGCUCUGCUUUUAGACAUCUUGAAGUUAGACAUUUUGAUCUCCUGCAAGAGAAUGCCUGGGAGGUUGACCUUGAUGCUGUUGAAGCUAUUGCAGAUCACAACACGGUUGCAAUGGUAAUUAUAAACCCUGGGAAUCCUUGUGGGAAUGUGUACAGUUACCAACAUCUGGAGAAGGUCGCAGAAACUGCAAACAAGCUUCGAAUUCCUGUAAUUGCUGAUGAAGUUUAUGGGCAUCUCGCCUUUGGGGAUAAACCAUUUGUGCCAAUGGGUGUUUUUGGAUCAACUGUUCCGGUUCUUACUCUCGGGUCCCUGUCAAAGAGAUGGAUAGUUCCUGGAUGGCGACUUGGUUGGUUUGUGACGACUGAUCCAUGUGGCAUGUUUGGAACACCCAAGGUUAUUGAGCGCUUUAAGAAAUAUUUUGACAUUUUGGGAGGGCCUGCAACUUUCAUUCAGGCAGCAGUUCCUCGCAUCCUUGAAGAAACCGAAGAGAUCUUCUUCAAGAAAACUCUCUAUUUCCUGAAGCAGUCCUCAGACAUUUGCUGGGAUAGGAUAAAUGAGAUCCCUUGUCUUACCUGUCCAAGCAAACCAGAAGGAUCCAUGGCCGUAAUGGUGAAACUAGACCUUUCACUACUGGAAGAUAUUAAUGAUGAUAUCGAGUUUUGUUUCAAGCUCGUAAAAGAGGAAAGCGUGAUCUUUCUUCCAGGAAAAGCAGUAGGGCUGAACAACUGGAUACGCAUUACAUUUGCUGCUGAUCCAUCUUCCGUUGAAGAAGCUUUGAGGAGGACAAAGUCUUUCUGUCAAAGGCAUGCCAGAAAAUUAUCGCUAUAUGACAUAAAUGCCAUCAACAAGAAAUGCUGAAGCCAUUUGUGAUGUUUUUACUUUUUGUAUGCCACUGUCAAUUUGUAAUGAAUUAAUAAUAAUGCAUCGUACGUGUCUUGGAUGCUAUACCCUUAAACACCAUGCCAAUAAGUUCUCAAGAGAUUGAAACAAAUAAAGAAGCAAAGGUACCUUCUUGUU